AUGCAGAUUAAACCUACUCCGGUUAAACAGAUCCAUAUUUAUAAGAGAAAGCGAGCCAGGACUGUACAGGGAGAUGGAGAUGGAGAUGAAUGGAAUGAGUCGUUUGAGAAGCUGGCUUCCAUGAGCCUGAUAGCUAACAUGAGUGUGUAUCUUACCACAAAGUACAAUCUGAGUGGUUUGUUUAUGGUGAAUGUGGUUAAUAUAUGGAAUGGUUCCUCAAACGUUGUUGCACUGGCCGAAGCUUUCGUUUCUGGUACUUACCUUGGCAGAUUUCGUACCCUUCUAUGUGGCUCCAUCUCAUCUUUUCUGGGUAUGGGAAUCAUAGCCCUAACUGCAAGCAUCAACCAACUAAGGCCCUCCCACGCGUGCGAUGUUCAAUCCAAUGAUUGCCCUCAGCCGAAAACGUGGCAAUUGGCCGUACUCUUUAUGGGCCUGGGGUUAUUAUCAAUCGGAGCAGGAGGAAUUAGGCCCUGCAACAUUGCAUUUGGGGCUGACCAAUUCAACACCAGAACAGCCAAAGGAAGAGCAGCACUACAGAGCUUCUUCAAUUGGUGGUACUUCUCGUUCACCGUUGCUCUUAUUAUAGCUCUCACCGGAGUUGUUUAUGUUCAGACCAACAUCAGCUGGGCCGUAGGGUUUGCUAUCCCCACUGCCUGACUUGCUUUAUCCAUCACAAUCUUCUUGCUUGGCCGGCACACCUACAUUUACCUCAAGCCCCAGGGAAGUGUUUUCUUAGACGUAGCAAAAGUGAUAGUAGCUGCUUGAAGGAAGUCUAGGGUUAGGGUUGCACCGGAUUCAGGACCCGUGUUUUAUGAUCCUCCUUUGGUUGAUGAUGGGUCUGAAAGCCAAGUGAUGAUCAAGUACCCUCACACUAAUAGGUUCAAAUUCUUUGACAGAGUUGCCACCAUAACAAAUCCUAGUCAAGAAUUGGACGAUCAGGGUAAGCCUAAAAGUGGGUGGAGACUAUGUAGCAUUCAACAGGUUGAGCAACUGAAGUUUCUGGUGGCAAUUUUACCGGUUUGGGUAACAGCAAUUGGUACUUUCAUAACUAUGGACCAACACACAUUUGCUGUGCUACAAGCUUUGCAAAUGGGACAGAUCGAUAUGAUCCAAGCUCGAAAUUUUGGGGUCGUUACACUUUUUCCACCAGGUUGGAUGAAUAUAACCUCCAUGAUCGCUCUUGCUACAUGGAUCCUCAUUUAUGAGAGGAUUUACCUCCCUAUAGCCAGAAUAUUCAGCAAGUCAUCAACAACUGAUCUGCGAUUCACAAUGACACAGAGAAUCAAUACAGGCAUAGUUCUUUCCAUUGUGACAAUGUUGGUGUCUGGCCUCGUUGAAGAGCACAGAAGGAAAUCUGCAUAACAUGGCACGUUUAUUUCACCCACAAGUUUCACGAUGCUGUUGCCACAGUAUUUCUUGACGGGCCUGACCGAGUCAUUUGUUGCUGUAGCCAUAAUGGAGUUCUUCACCAUGCAAAUGCCGGAGAGCAUGAGGACAGUUGCUGGGGCUGUCUUCUUCCUAAGAUUGUCGGUUGCAAAUUACUUAGGCUCGUUCGUAGCCAGCAUAGUCCACAAGGCGACUGACGGCAAAACGCCAUGGGUGGGCAGUCAUGACCUUAACAAGAAUAAGCUCGACUACUACUACUACGUCAUUGCUGCUUUCGGGGCUGUGAAUUUUGUAUACUUCAAUAUGUUUGCAAAACGUUACGUGUUCGUCAAUAAAACGCCUGGUAGUGGCAAUGGGAAGGGAGAAGUGCAGCUAGAGAAUUAG